AGUCUUUCGAGUAAUGAAUUAUCAUCAUCGACAGAUCCCACCCAAAAAUCAAAUUCAUGCAGUCACUGUGGUCAGACGGGUUGUACAAUUACCGAAACCACCACUUCUAUAGUUAUUAAAAUUUCUACUAAUAUCGAAGUGGAUGCUAAUGGAAAUAGUAAAAUUUCAUCAAGAAUUAUUACUGAUUUGCCUCCUAAACAGUCUACUAUCCGGUCUUCAUGCCCUACUAAAGUUAAUGUGCAAGUUGAUGAAACACGGUCCGGACUAAAUUCUAUAUUCACAAAUAUUCGUACAAUUGAUCAAAGAAAUUUAACAGGCUCUACUGAGCCUACCACUAACGAACAAAGUAAGCCCAACAUGAUGAUCUUUGCUAAUUCAGUAAGUCUUGAACAGUAUCAAAAGAAUGAAGAUAAGGUGGCUGAGUUAACGUUAAUGCCAAAUUCUAAACAAGAACAAAGCUUUAUACAAAAUCAAGAAUUAACAAGUUUUGGGUCAAAUGGGGAAACAAGCAAGACAUCAGAGUUGAUUUUGGAUCUUGAACAGGAUCAUAUUCCAAUAAAUGGUACGGUAUCAACAAGUCCUGUACCAAAUCAAGUAUCGGAAAUAGAGCCUAUUUCGGACGUUUUUCAUAGUGAAUUACAUUCUAAUGUAACAGAAAGCUCUUCAGACAUUGACACACAAAAUGGUCAGAUGAGGAAUAGAUUCUAUAGGUUUCUUCCGGAUGAUUUUGCGAGUAUACGACAAGCGCGUCUUCCAAGAAAAAAAUCUUCAAUGUCUAAAG